GGCGGAGGCGUGUGCGGUGGGCGGGGUCUAUCUCCUAGGAGACGUCGCUGAGCCCCCUGAGCUGUCCCGCUGCUCUGGCAGCUCUUGCAGUGCUGCGGGCGGCCGCUCUGAUGGCAGACGGGCAGGCUGUGGCUGUCAUCCCGGAGAUCUAGUGCAGGAAGAUCGGGGCCGGCUGGACAAGGUACCGUAGCACGGCAGCCAUGAACAGUCCUGCGUCCCAGAAGAGGAAAGGCCUAUUUCUGUUAAAGAUGCUGUGGCUUUUGCUGACAUGUCUGGUUGGCAAAGGACUGUCUGAAAUCGGAGAUUGCAAAGAACAGGAAUAUUUUGACAAUAAUGGAAUUUGUCGACCCUGCAAGCAAUGUGGCCCAGGCAAGGAGCUCUCUAAGGAAUGUGGCUUCGGAUAUGGCGAAGAUGCUCAGUGUCUCCCUUGUAGACCCAACAGGUUUAAGGAAGACUGGGGCUUCCAAAAAUGCAAGACCUGCCUGGACUGUGCCAUUGUGAACCGGUACCAAAAAACAAAUUGUACAGCUUCUGCAAACGCUGUUUGUGGAGAGUGUUUACCGGGGUACUAUAGAAAGACCAAGCUUGGUGGGUUUCAGGACAUGGAGUGUGUGCCCUGUGGAGAUCCCCCACCUACUUAUGAGCCUCAUUGCAGCAAGGUAAAUCUUGUGAAAAUCAGUGCCACGGCAUCCAGCCCUCGAGACACCGCCCUGGCCGCUGUUAUAUGCAGCGCCUUGUCAACGGUACUAUUGGCCCUACUCAUCCUCUCCGUUAUCUAUUGUAAAAGGCAGUUUAUGGAGAAAAAGCCAAACUGGUCCAGCAGAUCCCAGGAAGUGCAGUAUGUAGGCUCAGAGUUGUCAUGCCUGGACAGACCGCAGCUCACCGAACACACACACAUUACAUGCUGUCAUUGCCAGGAAGAACCAGCACAGGCUUGUGGUCCUGUUCAUUUGAUUCCAUCACUAUGUUGUGAUGAGACGUACAGCAUGGAACAUGGAUGUGUAUUUCGGUCACACAGCACACUCUAUGAUGGGAACGCCGAUUCUGUAGCAGACGUGAUUCCAGCAUUCUUUGGAUCUACUUCACACUCGGCCUGCGGAGAGCGUGCAGAAACUUGGCCCCUUAUGCAAACAGCUCCUGGCAAUGAUAGCAGUCCUGUGUGUGAGCCACAUCCGGAGCCUAUAGCAGGAAGCGCAGACUCUUUGAAUAGAGAUAGUGGGGAGCCAAGUCUCUUCCACGCAAGCAGUGUGCACAGCAUCAGCGGAGAGAUUCUGGGGACGCAGGCUUCAGAACAUCUUCAUCUACCAGAACUUGAUGCCUGUCGAACAGCUGAAGAAAGCCAUGCGGAGAAAGACCAGCUUGCCUGCAGCCUGGAUGAUAAACAGGAAUGUUGAAGGAUGACCGUGUUGCAUACAGUGUUGGAAAUGCAGAAGUGGAUCAUGGCCUAAUCCUAGAUGAAUCCUAGUCCCACUUCUAGGUUCAU